AUGAUAAACCGUCAAGUGAUGUUAAAAACUGUGCGAGUAGUAAACAUACCCAAUCCUAGUAAACAAUCAAUUGGUGAACUCGUUGAGAAAUUUUUGGAGACAGUCGUUAAUCUGUUCCUACGUAGGAAAAUCAAGGAUAAGUAUGAAAAAACUCCAUUUGAUCCGGAGAUAAAUGUGAAGAAUGCUUUUUUAACUAUAAAGAAUAUACAAGGAGAUGUGAAGGGCCUCGAGUUUUCGUACAAGGUCCUUGAAAGACAGCGCUACACCUUCGAACGUGCGGAUGUUAUACACAAACGAUCACUGUAUUUGGGAAGAAUCGACGAGGCCCGCAGAAGAGGGGACUGCGUAGUUUAUAUGGACGAGACGUGGGUUUUUGAGGGUAUGGUGAAGAAGAGAGGAUGGAUGGACAACACGGUGUCGCGCUUUCCCUCUGCCCAAGCAAUACAACAGUAUUCUUGUGGCAAAACGGCCGUAAGGAAUAAAGAGAGGCGCGUCAUCGUUAUCGCGGCACUGAAUGAAGCUGGAGUCAUGCCCGGUUGCACCCACGUUCUCGUCUUUCAACAGCGGACUACGCAGGACGGUAUUCAC